CGAAGGGGAGGGCGAAUCGCAAGGUCUGUCCUCUUUUUCGGGGGCAGCAGACCAGAGGAACACAAACACAAAACAACUUUACAACAAACUUCACAACGACAGCCAAUAUGAGUUUGUACGGCUCCCAUUCGAAGCUGCCUACCCUCGGGCAGAGGAGCAACUCGCGACCGGACCUGGCGAGUGCGAGUUUUAGAAACGACUUGCCGGUGUUUGUCGGUGGGAACGGAUACCAAGGGGAAUACCAGGGAGACGGAUACACCUACUCCUACACCAGGACCUCCACGCACGGUGGCGGUGGCGCUGGCGGAGGGCAGAAAAUGCAGAUGAGCAUCGGUAGCAUGGGUGGGGGCGUCGGCGGUGGAGGUGGAGGGACAAGUGUGCAGGCUAUUCAGCACAGAGCUUCGUUCCUGAAAGGCCAAUCUCAGGAGUACCUGCAGAGAGCGCAGUUUCUGCUCCAGAAUGGUGGCUCAACCUUCGAGGUGGAGAAGUUGAUGAGUAUGGCUGCAGAGAGCAUGGAGCAGCUGAGGAGAUGUGGCGCCGAGCUACAGCAUAUGCGCAUACCUAAUGAUGUCUUUAGAAGCUUGGAACAGCUCCAGCAUAUGCAAGGUAGUAUCCAGCAGUCUCUUGGCGGGGUGCCCCAAAGAUGGAACAGAGGCAGCGUGGGCUCUGACGGUGGGAGGAGCUAUAGCGAGGCCAUGGCCUGGAUUGCUCAACAAAAGCGUCUGAUUGAGACAGCUCCAUGGGGGGACGACUCAGCCACCAUUGAACAACAGAUCAUAAAUCACAACAAAUACCACAGCACAAUCCAAAGGAGCCCGGAAGUGGACCAUGCCAGGGAUGAAUUGAACAUGAGGGGUGACAAGCCCGCCCUCCAUGCUUUGGAACAAGAAUGGGAUAGCCUGCAGAAAUUGUCCCACAGCCGUGUGAGUCAGCUGCGUGAGCUUCAGAACAUCAUCGAGGAGAUCUCUCGCGGCAUCAUGUGGGUGAACGAGAGAGAGGAAGAGGAGCUUAUCUUUGACUGGGGAGACAAGAACAUUGACCAGUACAUCCCCAAGAAGCAGGAGAGCUACUCAAGGCUGAUGAGGGACCUGGAGGAGAAGGAGAAGGAGCUAAACAAGCUGAAAGUGAAAGUAGAUGGCCUUCUGAACAACAAUCAUCCUGCCUCAGACAAAAUUGAGGCCUACAUGGAUACCUUGCAGACCCAGUGGAGCUGGCUGUUGCAGAUAACCAAGUGUAUCCACAUUCACCUGAAGGAAAAUGCUGCCUACAGCCAGUUUUUCAAGGAGGCCAAUGAAACCUAUGGGAAGCUGCAGAAGGAACAUGAGAACAUCCGUAGCUUCGCGUGUGACAAGAACACCCCACUGGAAAGCCUCACUGAACUCCUCAAAAACUUGGAGAGAGAGAAGGAGAGAAUCAUGGAGAACAAGGCGCAGGUACAAAGUCUGGUCAACAAGUCCAAGGCUAUUGUCAGACUGAAACCUCGCAACCCUGAAGAGAAGACCAGCAGCACUGUCGUAGUGCAGGCUUUGUGUGACUUUAAACAAGACCAGAAAGGGAUUCUGAAAGGGAAUGAGGGCAUCCUGAAGGACAACUCCCAGCGUAGCAAGUGGCUUGUGACAGGACCUGGAGGCCUGGACAUGCUGAUUCCCUCUGUGUGUCUGCUUAUCCCCCCACCAAACCCACUCAGCAUCGGCCUUGCCAACAAGAACGAGCAGUAUUACGAAGCAAUCAUGAGCAUCUGGAACCAGCUCUACAUCAACAUCAAGAGCCUGAUCUCCUGGCAAUAUUGUGUCAAAGACAUCAAUUACAUCAACUCACUCACUCUCACUAUGCUGUCCAAGAUGCGUCCUGAGGAAUACCGCAGUAUCAUCAAAAGGCUGGAGACUCACUAUCAAGAGUUUCUGCGCAGUAGUCAAGGCUCUGAGCUGUUUGGAGAAGAGGACAAGCAAACCAUCCAGGGCCAGUUUGCUGGAGCCCAGAACCACUAUGAUACCCUGGUUAUCCAGCUGCCUGCUUACACUGCCAAACUGACUGAGCCCCCUAAACAGGAGCCUGUCAAAGCUGAAACCUCCAAAACUACGAAGACUACCAUCAUCAAGACUCCCGCACCCAGUCCUGUCAUUAACCUUACCCUGCUUAAUGGCCUGCACGCCCUCCGACGCAGGCUGGAGCUGGUCGAGUCUGGUCUCACUAAUCAUCUCCACAUCUCUCUGGGCGACAACAGUUUGCACGAGUGCUCAGAGCACCUCCAGAAGCUGCAUGUUGUCCACCAGGAUUUAGACUCUGUCCAUGAUGAGUACCUGCGCCUGAGGGAGAGGAUUUUGAAGCAGCUGGAAGGGGUCCCUGCAGACUCCGAGCAAGCCAAGUUCCUCCGCUCUGAACUGGACCUCAUCAACCAAAAACUUGCUGACCUGCAGGGUCUCUCCUCAGCUUACCUUCAGAGACUGUCAGCCCUAAAAGCCUUGAUCCAGAGCCUCCUCAAUGCUGAGGAUGUCAUCAAAGUGCAUGAAGCCCGGCUUACAGAGAAGGACACCACCUCUUUGGACCUCCGUGAGGUGGAAAACUAUCGGAGCACAUUAAAGCAAAUGAAGACUGAUCUGGAGCAAAAGAGAGACCUGCUGACAGCAAUGGAGUCCGACCUGGCCAAAGCUGUUCAUUGGAAUGGUCAGAUCGCCAACUCUUUCCACAAGUGUGAUGUGGAUUUGUCCAAAUACUCGGACCUGGUUGGUCAGUUGUCUGACCGCUGGCGUCGCAUCCAAACUCAGAUUGAUAGCAGAGUGUGGGAUCUGGAAAAGCAGGAGAAGCAGCUGAGACAUUAUCAGCAGAGCAGCACUUCCCUGGAAGAGUGGAUAGACAAUGCCAGGAAGCGUCAGGACAGCCUACAGACGGUGAAGCUCAGUGACAUUCAAACUCUCAUGGAUCACCUCAGCCAACAGAAGGCACUCCAUACUGAAAUCAAGGGAAAGAAGGAGAAAGUGGAGGAUGUGCAGAAGGAUGCAGACACCUGUGCUGCAUCUAUAAAGGACUAUGAGUUGCAGCUGGCCUCCUACAGUGCAGGCCUGGAGACUCUGCUUAAUAUUCCUAUCAAAAGAACCAUGCUGCAGUCCCCUGCUACUGUGGUCAGACAAGAGGCGGCUGACCUCCAGUCUCGCUACAUUGAGCUGCUUACCCGUUCCAGUGACUACUACAAGUUCCUUGGGGAAAUGCUAAAGAACAUGGAAGAUCUGAAGAUCAGGAACACCAGGAUUGAGAUGCUUGAGGAGGAACUGAGGCGUCUGAAAGAAGAUAUCCAGGAUCGUAACCAGAAGAACCAGUCUCUUGAGGAUGCUCUUGCCCGAUACAAGCUAGAGCUCACUCAGUCAAAAGAGCAGCUUAUUUCUAUGGAAGAAGUGAAAAGAACCACAGCAUUUCAAGCUAAUGCUACUAGGGAGAGCCUUGACAGCACAACCAAUCAGCUGAAAGAUCUUAAUGACAAGUUGUCCCGCAUUACAUACCAGCUAGAUGAAGAAAAGAGGAAGAGAAAGCUGGCUGAGGAACGCUAUGCCAGUCAACAAGAAGAGUAUGAGGCAGCUGUUCGGCGCAGACAGAAAGAACUGGAAGAGCUCAGCUGGGCAAAGAUUGAUUUAGAGAAGUCUGUGAAGGACAAGCAGCUUGAACUGGACAGGCUUAAGAUACUGCUAGAGGAAGAGUCAACACGUCGACAAGGGCUCCAGUCAGAGAUCUCAAAGGUAAGAGCACAAAGCAGCCAGGAGAUAAAUCAACUUAAACAGACAUACGAGACAGAGAUCCAUGUUACCAAGGCUUCUGUCCUGAAGGUCUCACAGCAGAGAGAUGAAGACACAGCAGAGCUGAAAUUGCACUGUGACAGACUCACUGCUGAAAAGAAAGACCUAGAGGAGGAGCUGAGGAGACUGAAGCUGUCCAUAGCCCACAUGGAAGAACACAGGAGCAGGGCAGAGGAGGAGGCCCAGCAGCAGAGGGCCUCAGUGACAGAAGAGACUAGAAGACGUAGUGAGUUGGAGGUGCAGUUGAGAACCCUAGUACAUCAGAGAGGAGAGAAUGAGCUCAGACUGAAGGAGACUGCAAAGAACAAUGAGGAGAAGUCCAGGCAGAUCAGCCUGCUUACACACAAUCUGGAGGAGGAAGGGAAGAAGAGGAGAGCUUUGGAGGUGGAAAUUAGUCGCCUGAAACAGGCUCAGACAGAGCUGCAGACAAAAAACACCACCUAUGUGGAGUCAAUCAAUAAGGAGAUUCACAUCACCCGAAUGGAGCUGGAGAAACAGACUAGUGAGAAGACCAGGGCUGAGCAGAGUUCUGCCAGGUUACAGAGCCGUAUCAGGGAAUUGCAGUGCUCUCUGGAUGGCAUGGAAGUAGAAUUGGAGAAGCAGAAGAAGGCAAACCAAGAGGAGUUCACACGUAGGAAAAGAAUGGAAGCUGAGCUGGAGAGGAUGACACAUACCUGCAGAGAGCACACAAGCACCAUUAACACCCUCAAAGCAAUGCAGGAAGAAGUAUCCACCUCGGGAAGGAAGUAUGAGCAUGAUCUCCGGGCCCUCCAAGAGGCCCUUGACAAGAGCAUGAAGGAUCACAAGGUCACCAUGGACCAGCUGACCCAGGUGACAACUGAGCUGAAGACACUAAAACAACAACUACUGCAGGAACAGGCCCGGGUCCGUGAGGUCAACCUCCGUAAUGAGAGUCUUUAUAAGACCAUUGAAGAAAAGAGCCGUUUGCUUAAUGAAAACACGACGGAGAUUGAGAAGCUGCAGAGUCUGACACAGAACCUGACAAAGGAGAGACUGAGGUUGGAAGAGGAGCUUAGGGCAGUUAGGCAGGAGAGAGAUGAGCUAAAGCUGAGCAAGGACAGUACAGAUGAAGAAAGUGCUUCUCAGAUCUCAGCCUUACAUGAGCAACUCCAGAGCAGCAACAAGAGGACACUGGAACUCCAAGCUCUCAUCAGUGACGUGACCAAGGAGAGAGAAAAGCUUAAGUUGGAAAUAGACAAAAUCCAAAAGCAAUCCAUUGAGACUUCCAUAAUGGUGCAUGAGUCCCAAAGCCAAUACACUGAGGUGCUGCAACAGAAGGACAGUUUACUGGCCAAGCUCAAACUGUUGGAGCAGGACAAGGCCCGCCAGCAACGUCUAGAAGAGGAGCUCAGCCGCAUCAAGCUUUCACUAGAGGCAGAGUUGCGCAACAAACAGCGCCUUCAGGAUGAGAACAAUACCAUUCGCAAGGAUCUUGCAUAUAUUAAGAGUCAAUAUGAGCUGAAAGAGAGCCAGAUGAGGCAGUCUGACUCAGAUAGGGAUAAGGCUGACCGAGAGAGGAGCUCCCUGAAGAGUGAGGUGGAAAGGCUUAUGAGGGAGCUGAGGAGUGUUGAGGAGAGAUACAAGAGCCGGCUUCUGAGCUCUGAGAAGGAGGUGUCAGAGUUGAUUCUUAAGAAAGAUGCUCUGGAAAGAGAGAUAAAGAGAUUGCUGGAGAGAGCUAGCACUCUGAGCAAGCACACCCAGACAGAUGAGAAAAUCCCCACAGUAGAUCCUUCCAAGCUAUUAUUUGAUGGGGUGCGCCGCAAAGUAACAGCCCACCAGCUGUGUGACUGCGGUAUAAUCAGUAAAACCACCCUAGACCAGCUCUUAAAGGGAAAGAAGACUGUGGAUGAGGUCGCUGUGGACAUCCAGCUCAGUCUUAAGGGUACUGGUAUCAUUUCUGGCAUGACAAGUGGGUCCCAGGGUAAAAUGCCUUUCACUGAAGCCAAAAAUAAGAACCUGCUCAGCCCAGACAGUGCCCUCAUGCUACUGGAAGCCCAAGCUGCCACAGGCUACAUUGUGGACCCAACAUUCAAUGAAAAGAUGCCUGUGGAUACUGCUUGUUCCAGAGGUAUAGUAGACACAGAAGACAGAGACACCUUGGUGAUGGCUGAGGCAGCUAGCACAGGCUUCAAAGAUCCAUACACUGGCAAAUUGUUAUCUGUAGGUCAGGCUUGUAAACAGGGUCGGAUAGACAAGGAGAAAACCAUCCGUUUGCUCCAGGCUCAAGAGUCUGUUGGAGGCAUCUUGGACCCUGUUCUGAGUGUAUUCCUGCCUAAAGACUUGGCCUUGGACCGUAACCUUAUUGAUGAGGAGCUCUACAGGGCUUUGAACAAGAAACCCACCUGUUACCUUGAUCCAGCCACAGGAGAGAAGAUAAGCUAUACUGACCUUAAGGUUAAGUGUAAAGUGGACCCCAUCUCUGGCUUGCUGCUGCUCCCUGGCCCAGAAAAGCCCAUGACAGUUAAGGGCCUCCGUGGUGAAGUCUCUGUCACAGAGCUCUUUGAUGCCAAGCUGCUGGAUGAAACUGACUUGCAGAAGCUUAAUCAGGGCAAGCUCACUAGCAGAGAUAUUGAGGACAAGCUCAAGUCCUACCUGUAUGGAUCAACCUGUAUUGCAGGGAUCUAUGAUGAGGCCAAUGACCGAAUCCUGCCCUUCUAUCAGGCAAUGAAGGAAGGUCUUCUCAUGAGAGGAACCACCCUGGAGCUUCUUGAGGCUCAAGCUGCUUCUGGUUUCAUGAUUGAUCCAGUCAAUAAUGUCUUCCUGACAGUGGAGGAGGCUUCAAAGAGAGCCCUUAUAGGUAAAGAGUUUAAAAAUAAGUUGUUGUCUGCAGAGAAAGCAGUUACUGGAUACACAGACCCAUCCACUGGAAAGACAAUCUCCCUUUUCCAAGCCAUUGAGAAAGAUCUAAUUGAGAAAGGCCAUGGCAUCCGUCUGCUGGAGGCCCAAAUUGCCAGUGGUGGGAUUAUUGACCCCAAAGAAAGUCACCGUAUUGAUGUUGAUGUUGCCUAUAAAAGGGGGUAUUUUGAUGAGGAGAUGAAUGAGAUCCUAACAUAUGAAGGAGAUGACACCAAGGGGUUCUUUGACCCAAACACCAAGGAGAACCUGACAUAUCUUCAGCUGAAAGACAGAUGUAUCAAAGAUGCCAGAACAGGCCUAGUGCUUCUGCCACUGAUAGACAAGAAUAAGCCCCAAAAAUCUGAGCAGAGCCGCACAAAUGUUCUUCGCAAGAGAAGAGUGGUGAUUGUUGAUCCGGACACUGGGCUGGAGAUGUCAGUGCGGGAGGCCUAUCACCGGGAGCUAAUUGACUAUGACACCUUUCUGGACUUGUCAGAGCAGGAGUGUGAGUGGGAAGAAAUAACUGUCAAGGGGUCAGAUGGCUCUGCACGCUUGGUGGUGGUGGAUAGGAAAACAGGAAUCCAGUAUGACAUCCAGGACUGCCUAGAACGUGGUAUGAUUGAUCAAAAGUCUUUUGAACAGUACCGUGCUGGAACCCUAACCCUGACCCAGUUUGCUGACCUCAUUACCAGCAAAGCCAGCACUGAGAUGACCAUCACAGCCGGUAAUGUUGAUGAUGUGCUCACCUGUAGCAGCCCUAUCCAGGCUACCCCAUCCUCCCCAACUGUUCGUAAACGCUUCGACAGUAUUUCUAUCACCCUCUCUCCAGCUGAGAUGUUUGAUGAUCAAAGCCCUGUGGGAGCCAUCUUUGACACAGAGACCCUGGAGAAGAUUACCAUCACAGAAGGGCACAGAAGAGGCAUAGUUGAUACUAUUACAGCACAGAGAUUGCUAGAGGCCCAGGCAUGCACAGGGGGCAUUAUCAACCCAGCCACUGGAGAAAAACUGUCUCUGCAGGAUGCCGUCCAUCAGAGCCUCAUUGAACAAGACAUGGCCUCAAAACUGAAACCAGCCCAGAAAGCCUAUAUGGGGUUUGAGGAUGUAAAGACUAAGAGAAAGAUGUCAGCAGCAGAGGCAGUAAAAGAGAAAUGGCUGCCUUAUGAGGCUGGUCAGAGAUUUUUGGAGUUUCAGUACCUGACAGGUGGUCUGGUAGAGCCUGGCACUGGGGAUCAUGUCACCAUCGAAGAGGCCAUUCGCAGAGGUUGGCUAGAUGGACGAGGAGCACAGAAGCUUCAGGAUACUCGGAACUACCAGAAAAACCUGACAUGUCCCAAGACAAAACUGAAGAUCUCCUACAAGGAAGCCAUGGACAGCUGUAUGGUGGAGGAAAGUAAUGGUAUGAAGAUGCUGCCGGCUUCCUCAAUGUCCACCAAGGGAAUCAGUAGCCCUUACAAUGUUUCUAACCCAGGCUCUCGCUCUGGAUCCAGAGCUGGUUCUCGGGCGAGCUCCAGAAAUGGGUCCCGUAGAGGCAGUGUUGAUUACACCUCUUCUUACAGCUAUACAAUUUCAUCCACCUCCACUUACAGCUCUAACACUCUCUCUUAAUACAAAAACAUCAUCAUCAACAACAACAAAAGGAUUUAGACUAGGGGUUUAUUAGCAGUUCUAUGCAAUGCAAGCGUGUUCUUCAAAGAUUUUUCUGCUAAGUGAUGGGAAUAAAGGUCACAUAAAUGUAACAAUUUUGAAUUGGAAAAACUUUUAUCAUUAAUUCUGAAUUCAUUUAACUGCUUUGUGUGUUUUAAAUUUUGGGUUAUUUUGAGUUUUUAUGCAGAAUAUAAGUCAUGUUGUCAUGCAUAAAAGGUGAAUGUAAUUCAUUUUCAUAGAAAAUUAUAAUGUAACACUUUAAAAUGUAUCUUUUAUUUUUAACAUGCUUGUUGAUAUCAUCCUCCACAUAACCCACAGUUCAUUUUACAUUUUUGUAUUUCUAAGGUAAUUGAAGUUUGGCUGAUGUUUUGUAGCAUUCUUUCUUGUGCUUUGUUAAUUGCAAGUGCUGAUGUUUUGCAUAAAAAUACUGACCUGACAGCAAUGAUCCACUAUGAAAAUGCAUUACUAUCAAAUAAAUGCUCUGCACAUUUGAUGAAAAACGAAUAAAGUUUUCUUAACAACAA